CAGUCGGAGCCUGAGGCCCCUGCAGUGAUGCCUGCAUGGAUGCAGAGUGUGGAUGUUCUGAGUGAAGCUGUAGCUGGAUUCAGCACGAUGGAGGAAGUAAUGAAAUACCUUGAGCCGGAACGCUGGCAGGUGGACAUGGAGGACCUCUACAAGCCUACCUGGCAGGUGGUGGGCAAAUCAUUCAUCCACCAAAAGAAAUCCAGAGGAGUAGUGGACCUGAACCUGCUUCGUGAGGAGGUACGGCUUUACAGUUGCACUCCACGGAACCUUUCCGUCUCAUUGCGUGAGGAGCUGAAAAGGACGGACGCCAUCUUCUGGCCCAGCUGCCUGCUGGUGAAGCGCUGUGGAGGGAACUGCGCAUGCUGCUCUCUCAACUGCUAUGAUUGCCAGUGCUCGCCCACCAAAGUGGCCAAAAAAUACCAUGAGGUUCUGAUGCUGAAACACAGGGCAGGGGGUCGGGGGCUGCAAAAGACUCUAACGGAUGUCCCCCUGGAGCACCAUGAGGAGUGUAGCUGUGUGUGUAAAAAUGACUCCGACUAAAGCAGUCCCAGGGAGAGAGCAACACUGGCCCCCAACAGACUCGACCAGGGAAAUAGUUCUUGCUUCAUGCAUAAAUGAGCAAAAGAGUUUUUACCCUGACCUUGCAAACUAAUGAAACCCAGCGCUGGCUAUCUUUUUAUCUUGACUUAUCUAAGCCUGCGGUUCCAUUCGUUUUGGGCUCACAAAUCCAUA